CGUGAUAAGAUUAGCAAUCUUAAAGGUACCACUUCCGUAAUGCAAAAGUAUACCGGUUUUCCCUUUAAAAGCCGUUCAUUUAGUUUGUAACUUUGUAUCAUUCGCAUUUUGCAUUAGGCUCGUAGUCGUACAGCUUUUGGUGCACACUGCAAAAGCUGCGGGCACAUCAUAAUGAGAAAGAUUCUAUGAAAGAAUCUGAGUAUAACGAGGUCUGAUGGUUGUCCUGCACUCAGCCUAUGAAUGGAGCAAAGACGGAUGCCGGAUCUCAAGCAGGACGGAGCAAGACCUAUUUAAGUGCUUUACGUUAAAACGUUACUUCCAGUCUGUGAAAAAUUUUUGUCGUUCUUCCCUAUCCCGCCCACCCUGUUUUUUCGUUUCUUCUUCGAGGGCAUUUGAAAAGAAUGUUUUUGUUGUUCUACCACUUGACGUUGUGCAUCUUACUGUGGUUGAUGCUUUGUGUUCAUCCUUUUGUUGCCAUGAAUGACACGUAAGACCCGGCGCACGGACAUCGCGCCCAAAUUAAUAAACCCAUGGCGAAAGACGAACCCGUUUUCCUUGCGUCCCAUAGACCGUAGUUAUUUGAUACCAAAAAUGUACAAAUUACAAGUGUCCCUUUUUAUUGUGUUCCUGGCCAUCGGCCUGAGCUAUCAGAGCUAUGUGAGUGUAGCCACUGCCAAACGCUAUGCCCAGGCUCGAAAGUUCUUUGCUCAAGGCUGCAGUGGGUUAACUGCCGACCUGCUUGGAAAAAAAUGGAAGGCGGCAGAGAAAUACACGCAGUCUACUUAUAUCGGCGCCAAUGGCAGUUACUCGAACGUGAGUCCCGGUGCCAUUGUGGGAUUUCCUGGUCACGUGGCGGUGUACAUCGGGGAAGCAGGGUGUAAAUUUGUUGAUGUUCCGGGUCCGAAUAGGAACACCCGUUGUCUUAGCAGUUACGGUGCUCAGAAAGUGUACAAAUACAAUUACUGAGCGAUCAUUCUUGAUCUUCUGCAUUCAAACUAUAGGUUUCUCGUCUGAAGAGAUUACAGCAUUACAGUAAUAUGAUGCAUGGCAAUCUGACAACUCUAUCAUAUGUAGUUAAUUCACUUACGUUAAAUGUAAAGCUUUCAACGGUAUUUCCAUUGUUAAAACACAUAUAUUUGGUUUCCGAUAUUGUCUUUAUUAAUUACCGGUAAAGGUGCCGCAGCAAUACGACGCUGAUGACUUAGGAGUAAAGGUAUAUGCUAGGAAGUUAAAAAUCACACGUAAUUUCUGUUUUCUGGCUAAUUUCUGCUUUAAUCAAGGGUACUUUAUGCAUUCUGGCCUUUAAAUUGAAGAGACGCUGAAGGCGUUGUAUCGAUAACAAGAACAGGUGUAUGUUUAUCGAGUUUCUCAUACAUGUAUACUUUCAGAUUAAAAUCCUGACAAAUAGCAGUCCGUUGCUUCUAGCAAAAACUUAAUAAUUAUUUGAUGUGCAUGUACUAUGUUUGCAUUCGCAGUAAAGUUAACGAUACAUACUC